GAGACGGACACGCCCAAGUCGCUCUGAAGGCAAACCGCUGUAGCGGCGUCUGUCUUGAGCUGCUGGUCGAUUUCUUCGCACUAUAGUCCCCCUAGUUACUGGGUGUAUAUAUCGCACCGCCUCCUUAAUUUAGUACAGAUUUAGCUGUUUACAGAAAAGAGUAUUAGCAUAAUAACACAGACAGACUGUGUUGUUUUUUUCCGUUAAAUCGGAGGUUUAUGUCGGGUUCAGACUGUCAACCAUGGGCAAAUUUUCAGCGUGGCCUCUCCUUUGGCUGUUUUCUCUGCUGGCUCUGAGAGUCUUGAGCCAGGACCUGGAUCUGGAGGAUGCGUUGGAGUUACCCACGAAAGCACCAGCUCCCAAACCUAAGCCACCAGCAGGCGCUGGUGAAAAAGAUUUAUUAACAGCUAAACCACCAGAAAGACUCACCACAACAACUAAAGCCCCAGCCAAACCAAAAAAGAACCCAGAUCUCAGCCAGAGCGACUACUUUGCACCUACAAUCCGGCCAGGCCUGCUGCCCCGUACAACCAUCAAGGCGCCCAGAUCCACACCCCCUCCUCCCAAGCACCAGUCGGGUGAUCUGAACUUGGAAGAUGCUAUGGAUCCCAGUAAUGACAUCAAGGUGGACGGCAAAAAAAACAAAGGAGUAGAUGGUCAGUUAUCAGACAGAGACCUUGAAGACCUUGAUGGCUAUUCUCCUGAAAAGGGCAAAGGAGGAAGAGAAGACGCAGAUAACAACUACGAUACUUUGGCAGAGACGGGCACCAUCGCGGGCAUUGCCAGCGCAGUUGGUAUGGCGUUGAUCGGCGCAGUGACCAGCUACAUCAGCUAUCAGAAGAAGAAACUCUGUUUCAGUAUACAACAGAGCCUGAAUGCAGAAAUGAUGAAAGAAGAGAACCCUGAAGUCGUGGUGUCCCAGGAGCCUCAAGUCCAAGCGACGUUACUGCAACACCCGAAUGCAGAGACUCCGCAGGAUUAAAAAAGAUCGUACCCAGUCCAGCGCCCUCAUUUUACAUCUAAAUUAAGUGACAUACACAUCACCUCCACCCUCACCCAAUACUGUACAGAUCCUUCCAUCUGCCUGCACAAACCAGACUGUACAUAAUCCUCUAUGCCUUUGUUUAAUAACCACAGUACACCUGCUUAUACACACGUGGACAAAAUUAUUGGUUCCCUUCGGUCAAUGAAAGAAAAACUCACA